AUGUUUGCUAGAAAUGGAUUUCAAGUGGCUUCAAAGAGAUUCCUCUUUGGUGGUAACCCCGGUCAUCAAACUUUGAAGUCUAACGUAGGAGCAAAGUCGUUGCUCUAUGCGGCAGGUCUACUAGGUGCAAGUGCAGCCUGUUUGUACGCCACAGACGCUAGAUCUGCAGUUCAUCAGUAUCUGUUCUGUCCAUUGAUCAGGUUAAUAACGCCAGAUGCUGAGAAAGGGCAUAGGCUUGGUAUUUGGCUAUUGAAAUGGGGGCUCGCUCCAAAGUUGCUGUUCGACAAGGAUCCUGCCUCUCUGCAUGUUGAAGUGUUUGGCAAAACUCUAACUAACCCAAUUGGAUGUGCUGCAGGUCUUGACAAGGAUGCCGAGGCUGUUGAUGGUAUAUUUGCUACAGGAUUUGGCUAUAUGGAAGUUGGUAGUGUCACACCAAAAGCCCAACCUGGGAAUCCAAAACCAAGGUUCUUCAGAUUGCCUCAGGAUGGUGCUGUGAUCAACAGGUAUGGAUUCAAUUCUGCAGGGCACGAAGAAGUGCAAGGGAAUCUUGCCGCCCGUGUAUCUCGAUUUCUAGAGUCGUAUUUUGCCGAUAAGGAAGCCAUUGAGAACCUGUCUCUCUAUAGGGACAAAUUGCUGGCCGUCAACUUGGGCAAGAACAAGCAUGGCGAUACUGUCAAUGAUUAUUUAAAGGGAGUUGAGAAAUUUCAGGCUUUGGCCGAUGUUCUAGUCGUCAACGUCUCGUCGCCUAACACUCCAGGUUUGAGAAAUUUGCAGGACUCGAGCAAGCUAACCAACCUUCUCUGCCAGGUGGUGACCAAGAGAGAUUCACUGAUUGGCGAAGGUGAUGCGUUGGGUCAUUCUUCUCACAAACCACCGAUUUUGGUCAAAGUCGCGCCUGACUUGUCAGAAGAGGAACUGAAAUCGAUUGUUGAGUCCGCCAAGAAGUCCAAGAUAGAUGGUAUUAUAGUCUCCAACACCACUGUUCAGAGACCGACGGAUUUGAUCACCCCGGAAGAUCAUUUGAGAAAUCAAGUUGGUGGUCUUUCGGGAAAACCGUUGAAACCUAUCGCUCUCAACGCACUGAAGAGCGUCGCCAAAUAUGCCAAAGGUUCAGGUCUAGUACUUGUUGGCUGCGGUGGUAUUUCGAGUGGUAAAGACGCGAUUGAGUUUGCCAAAGCCGGUGCCACUUUUGUUCAACUCUACACCGCCUUUGCCUACGCCGGGCCAGGCUUGGUUGCUAAGAUCAAGGACGAAGUUGCUGAAGAGCUCAGGAAAGAGGGCAAGACUUGGACCGAGAUCAUAGGCCAAGAUAACAACUAA